AUGGAUGACAGAGUCAAGACGAACUGUGUCGAAGGCUUUCCGUACAUCGAUGUACGCGACAUGGAGUUCCUUUUUGAAUGUUUUGGAGUCAAGGAAGAUGGCAUUGAGAAGUCUGGCUGCAAGAAUGGCUGUAUACAAUUUGUACAAGCAGGAGAGCAAGGUAAUAGGUCUGUAAUUGCCUGGCUCGGAUUGGCUACCGUCUUUAUGAAUGGUAAAGACAGUUCCAUUCCUCCAAGUCGUCGGAACAGAAGAGAGAUUAAUGCAACCAUUCAAGAGUCGAAGAAUACGCCAUCUGGGCCUGGCGACGUACCAUUUUUCAAGUUUAAAAUGGCAGCGACGAGUUCAGCCAACGAUAUCUCAUUUGUCAAGAGUUGA